GCCGUCAAGGCAGAUGUUUUCGUGGUUGGUAAAUCGUCAUGAACCUUUAUUGUGGUAAAUUGUAAUAAACUAUACUGCACUUUAAGGUUCGAAAAAAAAAAAAACAGAAAAAACAGAAAAUAAAAAUAAAAAAUAUGACUUUAUUUUUGAGCUUCUUUUUUAUAUUGAGUUCUAACGUGAUCAUUUUCAAUCUGCCCUCGUCGCAAGGAAUCUCUUCAGGAUACCAUCAAUCGACAUUAAGUCAAGUACUUACGCCUUCUGAACGCUUAACAUAUAUACUAUUUGGUACUUUACCGAAUAGGAUUUACUACUCUUAUUCGAAACGUUCAUACGUGGUAAGAGGACAACCAGGUGCAUUUAAAAAUGAUCUAAGAACACAAAGAGGAAAGAACAAAAAAGGUUAUAAAGUAAUGCCUCGAUGGAAGUAUUACUUGAGUAAAUUUUCACCGGUUGGUCUUAUUAAAACUGGAAUGGAAUAUGUUUCGUUUGCGAAAGCUUUACUUGGGUUUGGAAGAGGUUUUAAAGAUUUCGACGAUACCAUGGGUGAUAUGGGUGACUUAGAAAAUCCUGAUGAUAAUCCAAAUAAUGAUGAAGAUAGUGAUUUAGAAGAUGAUGCAAAAGAUGGUGCAAAUGGUGAUGCAAAAGAUGGUGCAAAAGAUGAUGCAAAAGAUGGUGCAAAAGAUGAGGCAAAAGAUGAUGCAAAAGAUGGUGCAAAAGAUAGUGCAAAUAAUAAUGCAAAUGGUGGUAAUAAUAAUGAAAAAGAUUGGUCUGGAAUGUUUCCAUCGUUACCGACGUUUCCAACUGAUCUUUCAUCAUUAUAUGGCGAUUCUAACGAUGGAAACAAAGAUAAUAACAAUGACAAAAAAGAAGACAAGAAUGACAAAAAAGAAGAUGACAAAAAAGAAGAUGAAAAAAACGACGACUCGGUAGACUAUACAGAAAUGGCCAAAGAAGCAAUGCAAAGUGACACUGCCAAAGACCUUGUAAAAACUGGAAUCAGCCUUUUCGUGCCUGGAGGACCAGCGAUUGUAGCUGCAAUGGAAGCUGGUUCGAAAUUAGGUGGGGCAACUGACGCAGUUGAGAAGGUUCCCAAAUUGAAAAUAUAGUUAUUCUUACUAUUAUUUGUAAUUAAAAUUCAAAUAUUUUUAAUUUUAAAAGUCAUAAAGAAAAUUUUGAUAUUAUAAUUGAUAGUUGACUAAUUUGAUUAUUAUAUUUUCAUGUGUUUAUAAUUAUUAUACUAUACGGUAAUUAAUAUUAAUUUAAACGGUAAUAAUUAAAACAAAAAAAAAAUGUUGAAUAUUUUUUUUUACCGCAUUGGAAAAUCAGCAAUGUAUAUUAUUAUUAGAAAAUACUUCGACAUUUUGAUGUUUACAAUAUUUACGUUAUGUUAUGAUAAUAAUUUAAUUGUAUAUUCAAAUAAAAGAAUAUUUAGUUA